AUGUCUGAUGGUAAAUAUGUCGACACAAGUUACUGGUUCUACGCCCCUAACAAGGGUGCCGCUAUCUUCUUCUGUGUUGGCUUCUGCUCUUCAGGAUGUCUUCACAUAUACCAGUGCAUACGCUACAAGUGCUGGAGAUUGACACCGCUGUUCCCCUUCUGUGCUAUUCUUUUUACCGUCGGACUUGUGCUCCGAGUAUAUGGAGCUUUCCAUUACAACAACCUCAACAUAUUCAUAGCGAGUAUCUGUAUCAACUAUGCUGCUCCCCCACUACUCGAACUUCAGAACUAUCGUAUCCUCGGUCGAAUCUUGUAUUACGUCCCGCAUCACUCACCGAUACACCCUGGCAGAGUCCUGACAACUUUUGGGUUUAUAUCAGGCAUAAUCGAGGCUCUUAAUGGCUGGGGUGCCUCCUACUCAGCAAAUCAGUCACUUACCAAUAAGGAGAUCGAAACAGGUCAUGCUUUGAUCAAGGCAUCAUUGCUUCUCCAGAUCAUGGUGGCGGUGUUAUUUAUGGCACUUGUUGCUACAUUCUAUCGACGGUGUACUAUCGGUGGUAUCAGCAACGAAUCACUCAAUCAGUCACUAUGUACUCUGUGCAUCAGCAUAAUCCUGAUCCUGUCUCGGACCAUAUAUCGUGUCGUGGAAUAUUUCAGCGUUGCUGAGCUUCGGUAUGGCCCCAACUUGGAUCCCGCUUCCAUCAAAGCUGUUGUUAGGUACGAGUGGUACUUUUACGUGUUUGAGGCAACGGUUAUGCUUAUCAACAUUACCAUGUUCAAUGUGCGCCAUCCGCGGCGAUACCUGCCCAAGAACAACAGGAUCUACCUUGCCCCUGACGGUGCCACAGAUAUUGAGGGACCUGGUUACAAGGAUCCACGAAAAUUCUGGCAAACACUUUUCGAUCCUCUUGACAUCCGAGGAAUGGUCAGUGGUCGUGGCAGGAAGACGGAGAGGUUUUGGGAAACAUUCGAGGAACAGGGGACCGAGUCAACCAAGAACACGAGGACUAAUCCAGGGGUAGUUUAG